CGUCCGGUUUCCCCGCAUUGCCGGCCGGGAUGUGUAGGCUUCCCCCGCUCUGAGCCGCGAUCAGCCGGGGCGGGGCUUUGCGGUUCCGGGUUCCCCGCGGUCCCUCCCGGCCGUGCGUGCCGGCCCGCGCCGCUGGGAGCCAUGGCCGGUGCCGAGCGCAAGAAGCACGUCCGCUUCGCCGGCCCGGGGCAGGUGGCGGCGGGUCCCGCACCGGGUCCCGCUCCGGCCUCGCGUCCCCCCGGCGCUCCGCAGGCGGAGGUGGCCGUGCUCGGAGGGCGGCGGUGCGGGGACGGAGCGGCGCUGCGAUGGUGCGUGUCCGCGGCGCUGUGCGCGGCCUUCCUGGGGCUGGGCACGAGCAUCGCCGUGCUGGGACCGACCUUCCAGAACCUGGCCGACAACGUGCACAAGAACGUCACCGACAUCUACUACAUCUUCGUGGGCCGCUCGCUGGGCUACCUGGGCGGCUCCGUGCUCGGGGGGAUCCUCUUCGACCACGUCAACGCGCACCUCCUGCUCGCAUUUUCCAUGCUUGGAACCACAGCCGGUCUUUAUGCCAUCCCGUGGUGUAAAAGGUCCCUGCUGCUGACUGCCUUGAUGUCGCUCAUCGGAGCUGCCAUGGGAGUUCUUGACACGGGUGGCAAUGUUCUUGCACUGAACACAUGGGGAACAGAGGCUGGACCUCAUUUGCAGGCCUUGCACUUCAGUUUUGCCAUGGGUGCAUUUGUGGCUCCGAUUCUGGCUAAAAUGGCAUUGGGAAGCUCUGAACUCAGAGACCUUCAGGCAGGUGAAAAUGCAAGUCAGUCUGUCCUGAGCCCUGUGCCAACAGCAUCAGCUACACUGGCACUGAAACACCACCUCGGUGCCGAUUUCUUGUGGUCCUAUGUUGUCAUAGGGACCUACCUGCUGUUUGUUUCUUUCUUCUUUUUUAUUUUGUAUUCAAAGAGCAGCUCGGUUCGAGACAAAUCAAAGGCUUCUGUGCAGAAGUGCAAGGUUGCCAAAUACCACCAUGCCCUUAUUAUUCUCCUUUUCCUGUUCUUCCUCUGCUACGUGGGAGCGGAGGUUACUUACGGCUCUUACAUAUUUACUUACGCGAAGGUCUUUGCUGAGAUGAAAGAAAACGAAGCAGCUGCUUUGAAUUCUGUCUUCUGGGGCGCGUUUGCUGUUUGUAGAGCGGUGUCGGUGUUUUGUGCCGCUUGCUUAUACCCCGGCACUAUGAUCGUGCUCAGCCUCAUUGGCUCUGCCGUCUCCUCUUCGUCCUUGGCUUUCUUUGCACACUACCCGAUUUCGCUGUGGGUUGGAACUGCGGUGUACGGAGCCUCCAUGGCCACCAUCUUCCCCAGCGGCAUCUCCUGGAUCGAGCAGUACACGGUCAUCCAGGGGAAGUCAGCGUCUCUCUUUGUGGUCGGGGCUGCUCUGGGGGAGAUGUGCAUUCCUGCGGUGGUCGGGUACCUGCAGGGCAGGUUUCACCACGUUCCUGUGGUCAUGUACACUGCGCUGGGAACUUCGGCAAUGACGGCUCUGCUGUUUCCCAUCAUGUACAAACUGGCCACGGCUUCUGGUGAGAGCUUGAGAGAGAUGAGUGAAAGCGAGGACAGGAAGGCCUUGUUGUCCAGCUCAGGGCUUAACGAAGAUGAAGAGGAUGAGGAGGAUGCAGGAGAGUGGAACGAAGCAGACUUUGAGGUAAUAGAAAUGAACGAUGCCCUGAGAAACUCUGUGGUAGAGACCUCGCUUAAGGCAGCAGGGGACUCCCCGUCGGAAGCCUCCCUCCAGCCACAUCCAGGUGAUGCUGUGGGUGAUUUUCCAGUGGCAGCUGGCAGCUCCCCUGGGAGAAAAAACAUGAAUGUUGACCGGGAGAAGAAUGAUUAGAGUAAAAGCUGCCUCUGGGUUGUAACUAAAACGCAGUGGAAUUGUAACUGUUCUUGUCAAGUGGUUCAAGGAUCUUCUCAGAGUAAGAAGGAGGUUUCCACGUUUGCCUGUCCUUCCUCCUUCCUCACUCUCAGUCUGCAGCGACGUAUCCCGGACAAGGUCCGCAAUGAUGUGAAUGUGGUAACGUGAUACAAUGUGUAGACUGUGCUGAAAACGUUAAAACAUGAGAGAAUUUCUAAAUGUCAGGCAUGCAUUGAAGUCACUUAUGCUGUGCUGUGAGCUAGCUGGGGAGAAGCUGCUCAGACCACUUGGUUUCUUGGAGGGGGGUGAAAGGCGCAGUUCUGAGCUCCUUGGUCACAAAAGGUUUUCAUCAGAAAUGAGAGAAAUCUGAUGCCUUUGGUGCUGAACUUUCUUAGCCUGUGAAAUUAGAAUGUUUCUAUUGCAUUGGGGGUCGGUGUGCGACAAAGCAGGGAAUCAAGAAGUUGAAUUUCAGGUGAUGUAAAUGGGAUAUCGGGGUGUUCAGUCACAUCCGCUUCUGGUUCUGUCCCUAAGACAGGACAGAACGGCAGAUGAAUUUUAACCAAACCUUUGGGCCACUUACAGGUGUGUAUGGGAACGAGGACAAAAAGUAUCAUAUUAUCUGCUGUAUGGCUUAACUCGGAUUACUCAUUAACCAGUGGUGACCAAUCUAAAUACCUAAAGUACCUGUGAUUGUACUUGUGAUUUGAAUUACUGCGCUACCAUAGAAAUCAACAAAUGUAUGAAGAAGAUGCUCAGUGAUUAUGUUAGAUAAAGCUGUGUUAAUGACAUAGAGCCAUGAUGUUGUAAGCUGGUUUAAUAACUUCUCAGGCUUUCUGUGCCAAGGAUUUUUACACAGCAAUGUGUUACAGCGGCGAUUUGAGAAUGAGAUGGAAUUACUGAUGAGGUAGAUGAUCCCAUCCAGUUGCACAGUGUGCUGGCCUGCUCCCUGUUAGCUGGGUGCUGCCCUUUGGCUUUUCUUUCCUUGGGUAAUGACACACAGCAGGUGCCUCCUUGAGGAGAAGCUGUGGUUUGUGUCUUUAGAUUCCCUGCUGCGGAGGGGGAAGCCCUCAGGUCUGGUUGUGACACCGAGUCCUUCCCAGUAAGAACAAAGAUGCAGCAGCUGAUGGCAAAGCCUGCAGUGGUAGUUCUGCAAUGUGUCUACUUGAAAACCAAAAAUUAGGGGGUUGCUCUAUUUUUGAAGCUGUGUGGCCAUAAUGCGGGUUGGUUUCCUGUGUUUGGGUUUUGUUGUUUGCACUGUUCUUAAUAUAUAUAUAUAUAUGUAUAUUUUUUUUGCUAAGAGGUUUAAGUGCUGACAAGAGGAAGAACACUAAGUGUAGCAUAGCACAGAAAUGUGGGUGUUCAGUGUGUUUUCAGUUGUUUUUGUUCCUUUUUGUGUCCUCCAUGUGUUUAACCUGGAACCUAAGGGCUUUUUCCUUUCUCCUGAAUGGUUAAUUACAAGGAGGAACCCAUUUGUAGUGAAAAUGUGGGGUUUUUUGUUUUCUUUCAUCCUGCAAUGUUGAAGGGUGAACUUGUCCUCCUGCUGUGGGCAUUUAAAUGCCAUUGCCUGUUUGCCUGAUUCUUCUUUCCUUGUGUGUGUAUAUGCACAUUUCCAAUGCAAUGCAUGAACCUGCACUUUAACAUAUGGACUUGACUCCACCUGCUGCACGGGGGUUUUCAUCUUUGCUUUGAGUUCUUGUAAAUACUUCUAAACAUUAACCUAAAUCCUGUUCUGGCUACGUGUGUCAGCAUUUCAUCAACAGAUGUAAAUAAGUCAUCUGUAUGGCCUUAUGCAUCCAGUUAGUUGGCUUCAUGUCGUAAAAGAAAUGGCUUGGCAGAGAGAAUGACUUGGGUGAGUGCAGAUUAAGCCUGGAUUUCUUCUUUUUCCCUCUUCCCUUCUGCACUCUGCAAUAACUGCUUUAUAUUUGGGAAAUAGGGGGUGUUAUCUGACAGCACGGGUGAACCCUGUUGGUUUUAUGGGGGAGAGGAGAAGCGACACCUGCUUGUGCUUCUGCUCUGCUUUUAUGGGAUGUCCUUUGCCCUCAGGGGGUCACAGGUAUCCUCUGGUAGAAGGGUUCAGUGUAGGGCAAACAACAGCAGGAACCCAGGCAGGUGUGGGGCAGCUCCUGCUGCAAGAGCCAUCCACGUGUUUGGCCUGAACCAAUGGAGCGACUCCUGACUGUGUUUGCAAAAUGAACGAAUGCAAGGGACAAAGGAUGUCCAGGUAGGGUUAUGCACCAACACUGCAAACCUUUGGCUGCUUUCCAUCCGAAGUACAAGUACCUGUAAUUAGCAGUUUAAAGAAUAGAACAAUGGGGGCUUCUGCUGAUGGGAACCUUCAGUGCUUUUAGAAGAGUCUCCCCGUACCUGAGAUCACAUCGCCAGAAUAAAAUUAGUUUAAGAAACCCGCCUGAAAGCAGUCGGAGCUUAUAAGUAAUGUGCCAUCCGUACACUGAUUUCUGAAUGAAAUUCCAAACUGGAAUGUCCUGCAGGGAAGAUCGUUCUCAGGGACAGUUAAUAUGUUUCACACAAUCAUGUAGAGAGAAAACAGAAAAUGAGAAUUAAAGCCCCAUUGGGAAUUGUGCUUUAACCUCCUGGAACCAUCUAUCCCUGUGUGUAUUACAUAGACGCGUGUAGCUCUGUGUACAGAUUAUAGAUAGAUAGGUAAGUACACGCUUACUUGUGUUUCUGACUAAUGUCAUCACAACACAGGGAGAAAUGCUGUCCAAACUAAAACCCAUGGCUGGCUGAGUGGCAGCGGGUAGCGUUGCACUGGAACAAUACCCAGAAGCCUUUACCUGGAUGACUGCUGAACUGUGAGUUGUCUUUGCCAGCUCUCAGUGGCUUAAUUUUGGCCUCAGACUUGAACAGCACAUACAUACAUACAUACAUACAUACAUACAUACAUACAUACAUACAGAGCUUGUGCUCAUCUCCCCUGAAUGUGUGCAUCUAGAAUCAGUGGCUGCCCCUUAAUGGAAACAAAAUGUUGAAUGCAAUUUAAGAUGAAAGCAGAGCAUCUUCAAUGCUGAGCCCAGCUCAUGGCAGCUGUAGAUGUCCUUGAUGCUCAGGGCUGUUGCUUUCCUAAUUAAUUGGAUUCUUGGUGUUCCUCAAGAUUUGUUUCAGAAAAUGAGUAUUAGUUUUCAUAUAUUUAAAUUUCCAAAGUAAAUUACUUCUUGGCAAUUUACAGCGUCUUUUUAACUGAGAGGUAAAAGCAGUGUUUAAGCUCUGCAGAGGACCUCUGAAGUGUUAUUUAUUGGUAUCACUUCACCACUGCCUUGUUUAUGCCAGAAAAGUCGUCCUGGUGCUGUGGCGAGAUGGCUGAAUGUAACGUCAUUCAUACAUCAGCCUAUAAAAGCAGGAUUGCAUUGAGGAUGGUCAUGUGUCCAUUUCCUCCAGCAUUACAAAUAAAUCCGUACAGUUAAAUGUCACACAGUAUAUUUGUACGUAGCCCUGACUCAUUGCCAAAGGCUGGAUUGUACUUGGGGCACUAAGGAGUUACUGCUGGUGCUUGUACUGCUGUUGUGUAAACGACCCUUCGGUGCUGGAAUGCAGAGUGGGCAACACUUUGUGCCUUGGUGGGUUUUUUGGUUCCUUUCCUUAAAAGCUCGUAGCAACCUGGAUGUGUUCUAUUCUAUAUUCGUUGUUUUCAUUUUGCUUGCGGUGGGUUUACAUGGUACUGUACAAUGCGGAAUUUAUAACACUGACUUGUACCUUGAAUGUAAUAAAUUCUUCAUGGGAGGAGGCACUCAGGUUCCUUUAUGUAAAUAAAGUUCUGCUCUAUUUUUAAAAGCUA